GGCCCCCGUUGCCCAGCGCGGGCGCCGGGGUGCGGGGUGGGGGGCGGAGCUCGGAGCCGAGGGGAGUCCCGGUGUCCGCGGCUCGGAACCGCGCGAGGUUGCGGGGGUCCGGGGACGCAGCCAGGCGGCCGCGAUCUCCGCGGGACGGGCUCCGCCGCGGCCCGGAGGCGGCGACAUGAGCGCCGCGGGGCUGCUGGCUCCGGCGCCCGCUCCGGCUGCAACGCCGGCCGCCCCGGAGUAUUACCCCGAGGACGAGGAGGAGCUGGAGAGCGCCGAGGACGACGAGCGCAGCUGCCGGGGCCGAGAGUCCGACGAAGACACCGAGGAUGCCAGCGAGACCGACCUGGCGAAGCACGAUGAGGAAGACUACGUGGAGAUGAAGGAACAGAUGUAUCAGGACAAACUGGCAUCUUUGAAGAGGCAGCUGCAGCAGCUGCAGGAAGGUACUCUCCAGGAAUAUCAGAAGCGGAUGAAGAAGCUGGACCAGCAGUACCGAGAGCGGAUCCGGAACGCGGAGCUCUUCCUCCAGCUUGAAACGGAACAGGUGGAGAGGAACUACAUUAAAGAGAAGAAGGCAGCCGUGAAGGAGUUUGAAGACAAGAAGGUGGAGCUGAAGGAGAACCUGAUCGCCGAGCUGGAGGAGAAGAAGAAGAUGAUUGAGAAUGAGAAACUCACGAUGGAGCUGACUGGAGAUUCUAUGGAAGUGAAACCCAUCAUGACCAGAAAAUUGCGGAGGCGACCAAACGAUCCUGUCCCCAUUCCAGACAAGAGGAGAAAACCAGCUCCUGCUCAGCUGAACUACUUGCUAACAGACGAGCAGAUCAUGGAGGACCUGAGGACGCUGAACAAGCUUAAGUCACCCAAGAGACCAGCUUCCCCAUCCUCUCCUGAACACUUGCCUGCCACACCUGCAGAGUCUCCAGCCCAGAGGUUUGAGGCUCGGAUAGAAGAUGGCAAACUGUACUAUGAUAAGAGAUGGUACCACAAGAGCCAGGCCAUCUACCUGGAAUCUAAGGACAACCAGAAGCUGAGCUGUGUGAUCAGCUCAGUGGGAGCCAACGAGAUCUGGGUGAGGAAGACCAGCGACAGCACCAAGAUGCGGAUCUACGUGGGGCAGCUGCAGCGCGGGCUCUUCGUGAUCCGCCGGCGAAAAUUCUUAACUUACCGGGACUAGCUCCUUGGCCUGGGACAUGGGGAGCACUGUGGAGUCUUCAGGGCGCUCACAUGGCCGCCACCUCCAUCUCUGUGCCGCUCUCUCCUGCCUCGGCCUCUUCCAGAACUCAGUCACCAGAGAGACUCUUGCUUUCGGAGUAGUGGGUUUUACCCACCUUCCUUGAAUUCCUCUCUUGUCUCGUUUUGUUUAUACUUGAUCCUUUUUUCAGACCUCCUUUGAGUUUGAAGGGAAGCUCGUUUUAGCAAUUAUCUUUAGGCCUUUGAAGAGCAGCAGGUAUGCUUUCCCACCUAAUCUGAUGGGCAGAUAGUGUGCCUGCUUGCCAAGUUGGGCCCGGAAGCAUGGGGCAGGGUUCUCCUGGCUCCGCUUUCUUGGAGAAAUAAAUGAUAUAGAACAUCUCAUCUGCCUUGGGCUUCUACUCCAAUGACUGCGUGAGUGUCUUCACCCUGGACACUGCAGCCAACGGAUGGGGCUGGGGGUGGCGGGGAGGCGUGGCAUGUUCCUAACAUGCUAAGACACCGCUCUGAGCAGUUUCCAGCGAACACGAUUCAUUUAGGUAUGCCCGUUCUUGUUCAGGGUGGAAGAAGUGGGAAUUCCAGAGGUCUCCAUCUGUAACUCCUCUCUCUGGCUCCCAAUGGCUACAAGGAUCUCAUCAUGUGCCCCACUGUGGUGUGGGUUCUCCCUUCCCCAUAGCUGGGGUGGCAAGGUGGGUGCCUCGCUCUUGCAGCUGGACCCACUGCAGUACUGGACCAUUCAAUACCGAAGAACCUCCAGCCUCCCCCGAGGUUUGUCCCACAUUAGUGACAAGGAGAGCUCUGUCAUGCUGCAGCCACCAAGUCUGUGUGCUGCUUGAGCCCCAGCGAAGCCACCUGCCAUGGCCUUCUUGCUCCCCGGGCCUCUUGUUGGAAAAAUGACUCAUGUGGCUGAGCAGGAGAUUCCUUCUGCUCUAGCUGCCACACGCCACCGGAGAAGAAGCAGAUCCGAGCGACUGUCACCAUCUCGGGACAAUCAGUAGGCUGUCCACACCUUGUUUUGCUGUGGGUGUGGGGAGCCACAGUAAGUCGUGUGCCUCCACGGAAGACUGUACAGAAACACUGUUUAUGGCCACUCUCCCGUUGGAUUCUUAAGAAAACAGGAUAAACAAUGAUGUUUAUUCACUAA